GAACUUCAAUCCAGCCGCCUUCCCUCGUCCGUCACCUUCGCGGCCCUUUUCUCCCAGGGUUGUGUUUCCGGGAGGAUUACUCGUGGACGAACACGUCCAAUUUGCCAGGCCUGUGAAAACUAACCUGAGCCCACCAUGGCGGAGCAGUGCCUUCCGGUGCCCCGGCUUCGGGGCGUCACGCGGGAGCAUUUCAUGGAGCAUCUCUACCCACAGAGAAUGCCUCUGGUGUUGGAAGGACUCGACUUGGGGUCUUGUACAAGCAAGUGGACAGUGGGUUACCUGAGCCAAGCUGGAGGGACGAAAGAAGUGAAGGUUCAUGUUGCUGCAGUCCCACAGAUGAACUUCAUCAAACUUUACCGUUUAACAAAUUGGUCCAGAGAGCAGCCGAAGAAACACAUAAAGAAUUCUUCAUUUCAGAGGAUGAGAAAUACUACUUACGGUCUCUUGGAGAAGACCCAAGGAAGUCUUUUUGUAUGUCUGUCAAUGCAGGAUGUUGCAGAUAUCAGACAGCAGUUUCCAUCAUUAGGAGGAGAUAUUAAAUUUCCAAUAUUCUUUGAAGAGGGGCAGUUCUUUUCCAGUGUUUUUCGAAUUAGUUCACCUGGAUUGCAACUCUGGACUCACUAUGAUGUAAUGGAUAACUUUUUAAUACAAGUGACAGGAAAGAAGCGAGUUAUACUGUUCAGUCCUCGAGAUGCACACUAUUUGUAUUUAUCAGGUUCUAAAUCUGAAGUGCUGGAUAUUGACAGCCCUGACCUGGAUAAAUACCCACUCUUCCCUAAGGCGAGGAGGUAUGAGUGUUCCCUUGAAGCUGGUGAUGUUCUGUUCAUUCCUGCUUUAUGGUUCCAUAAUGUAAUUUCUGAAGAGUUUGGAGUAGGAGUGAAUGUCUUUUGGAAGCACCUUCCAUCGGAAUGCUAUGACAAAACAGAUACCUAUGGUAACAAAGACCCUGUAGCAGCAUCCAGAGCUGUGCAAAUCUUGGACAGAGCUUUGAAAACACUGGCUGAACUACCAGAGGAAUACAGGGACUUCUAUGCACGCCAAAUGGUCUUGCGCAUUCAAGACAAAGCCUACAGCAAAAACUUUAAGUAAAAAAUGAACUAAAUGUAGUAAAAAUUUAAAAAUAAAUGGAAAUCAGUUUGUGUUUGAAAAUUAUACAAGAUAUAAAUAUUUAAAGAUGCUUUUUAAAAGUAGGAUAAAUCAGUCUCAGAUUUAUGGUAUAAAGGAGAUAUAUAUCUGAUUUCUACUUAAUACAGACUGAGAAUGCUUAGUGGAACCAUUCUUUAGCUCUAAGAUGUAAAUAACUUAAAAUGUAUUCAAUCACACUACAUAAAGUCUAGUGAUGGAAUGUC